GGACGAUUCAACGCCGUAUGAGCCCAGGGAAGGUGUUGCAUCUGAUUCUUUAGGAACAGUAGAAGAAAAUGCAUGGGGCGAGAGAAAGUGCAACCGGGGGAGGCUUCUGGGGGACAUUCAUGUCGAACCUGGGAGGAAUCGUGGACACACCAUCGAUGGCCCGUGGGUCUUGUCAGGGCAAGGCCCUGACAGCCAGGAGGGACGACCGUGAUCGCAACGAGGAAAACUGGAAUCCCCACACGAAGACCAUCGAGAAACACUUUUCCCUAUCGUUUCCAAGAAUGUUGUUCCUGGAACACAGAUUUGGACUGAAGGGUGGGCAGCAUAUGGUGCUCUCCCGACAACGGUGGAUGAAUCACGAGGAGAACUUCCUGAACACCGUAAAUGGUGCUCACACCCAAAACAUCGAGCGCUGCUGGGUGGAGGUUCGCAGAUUUAUUCAACGAAACCGAAAGGGAACGACACCAGGUCUGCCAAAGACUCACCUGGCCGAGUUUCCGCAUCGAUGCCGCAUGGAAGGAGUGGACCUUUUCGAGGGGCUCCUCAUUGUGAUUAAGUUCUAUCCUGCGUAG